CUUCCUGCCCGUCACUUCCCCCACUGCCGCCGCCGCCGCUCCCGCCGGGCCGCCGGACUCGUGCCCCUGCCCAGGCCCCUGCUACCGCCGCCGCCAUGGCCAUGAGGCAGACCCCGCUCACCUGCUCCGGCCACACGCGGCCCGUGGUGGACCUGGCCUUCAGCGGCGUCACCCCCUACGGAUAUUUCCUCAUCAGCGCCUGCAAGGAUGGCAAGCCCAUGCUGCGCCAGGGGGACACAGGAGACUGGAUUGGCACAUUUCUGGGUCACAAAGGGGCUGUUUGGGGCGCCACCCUGAACACGGAUGCCACUAAAGCAGCUACAGCAGCGGCAGAUUUCACGGCCAAAGUGUGGGAUGCUGUGUCAGGCGAUGAACUAAUCACACUGGCUCACAAACACAUUGUCAAAAGUGUGGAUUUUACACAGGAUAGCAAUUAUCUGUUAACAGGUGGACAAGAUAAGCUCUUGCGUAUCUACGACUUGAGCAAGCCAGAAGCAGAACCUGAUGUUGUCAGUGGACAUACUUCUGGCAUUAAAAAGGCCUUGUGGAGCAGUGAUGACAAACAGAUUCUUUCAGCUGAUGAUAAAACUGUCCGCCUCUGGGACCGGAGUACCAUGACUGAGGUGAAGUCACUAAAUGUGGCAAUGUCAGUGAGCAGCAUGGAGUAUGUUCCAGAAGGACAGAUACUGGUGAUAACCUAUGGGAAGACUAUUGCUUUUCAUAGUGCAGAAACUCUAGAGCAGAUUAAAUCAUUUGAAGCACCUGCUACAAUCAAUUCUGCAUCUCUUCACCCUGCGAAAGAAUGUUUGGUUGCAGGUGGUGAAGAUUUUAAACUCUAUAAAUAUGACUAUAAUACAGGAGAAGAAUUAGAAUCUUACAAAGGGCACUUUGGUCCCAUUCACUGCGUGAGAUUUAGCCCCGACGGAGAGUUAUAUGCAAGUGGCUCUGAGGAUGGAACACUAAGGCUGUGGCAGACAACAGUAGGGAAAACCUAUGGCCUUUGGAAGUGUGUAGUUCCUGAAGAGGAGAAUGCAGAAGCAGCAAAAGCAAGGACUACCCUUCCAGGAACUGCAGAGGAGGAAAUAGUUGCAGAAGAGAUCGCCUCUGAAAACUCAGAUACAGUGUACAGCUCAACUCCUGAAGUGAAAGCCUGAUUACUGCAGCUGUUAUGUGACACGUGGACAUGCGAGACUAAAUCAAGUGAGCAGUGACAGACAGCAGCCUUCCAGAGUGCGCUCCCUCCCUGGGGCAAAGAUGGGCAGUAAUUGAUGAGAAUGCAGUGGAACUGGCUAGGUGUUGUCUGUAAGAGAACUCAGCAUCCAAAUAAAAACCCAAAAGACAAGUAGUAGAGUUCUGCUGGCUUUUUGGCAUAACUGCCUACUGUCUUUUCAAAGAAGUGUGCAAGCCAAGAUCCAGUCUCUCCAAUCUCAAUUAGACUCAUUGUAGUGUGUUUUCAUUAUUACAAAGAAGAGAUACAAUGGCUUUUACCUUUUUUUUUUUUUUCUUGGAAGUUGGAAGAAUUGGCUCUAGUUGAAAAGAAGGGAUUAUGUACUUAAAAGUAUUUGGUUCGGGUUUCGUUUCAUUGUAUGCUGCUUCUGAAUGUUUAACUGUUUUCAGUUGUCUAAAUAAAAAGCCUCUCCAAACUCGUACGUUA